CACACCCUAUUUUCACACAUAAUAUAAAAAGUACUAAACAAAUAACAUAAAAUGAAAAUAUCCUAUAUCCCUAUUAUUCUGUCCAUCAGCGCUGCGCUCACACAUGCACACUACAAAUGCACAACCGACGAGGCCUUUGAUGUUUUGUUCAAUGAUAUUACUGCGGAUUUGCUUGCCGAGCAUAUACUUGAUUAUCUGAAAAAGGGUUCUGUCCAGUGGCGCAAUGAUAUAGAUCAGGUUGAUCCCAGGAAGUCUGCCGUUGCACUUAUUCUACGCUAUAGAGCAAUGCUUGAAAAACUGCCGGUUGCCAUCGCUUCAAGGUUUCCGAGAAUCUAAAUAGUAAUAUAUUUUUUGGGUGUAUUUUCCAAAAAACAAUAUCAUUAAACCAUUUCAAUUAAAUAGUUAGUAAUAAAUAUCAAUUAUAAUAAUAUAUUAAUACUUG